AUGCUAUCGCUUAUCUCGCCUGAGCCCCAUAGCUGCGCAAGAUGCUCCUCGCCAAAGCUCGUCUUUUUCUUUAGCGGGAGCACCAAUGGCCGUACGGGAAUGGAUACUGAGGUGUACAUGUUUGACUUGCUUUACGACGAAGCUGUUAAGCUUGCGGAGGACUCGUUGCCAGGUGAGGGCGAGGGAUGUGCGUUCAUGAAAUGGUUGACUGUCAACCUGCCUCCGGUCUGGGACGCUCCCGGCCAGGGACAACUGCAGGCUGUGGUUGGCAAGCAUAGCUCGGUUACGACGCAUCUCUACCUUCAAUGGGUUGAUGGACGAUACACUCCUUGGUUAUGGUCCUUUCGUUCUGUCGAUGGGCUUUAUCGACCAUCUGUGGAGGCUGACAAUAAAAAGCCGACUAGGAGAAAGGGAACGGACAAUGUGCGACAGAAGUCGUCAGGUCUGACAAGGUUUCAUCCGAUCCGGAUAGAGGAUGAACUAGAAGUCGCCGGGGUUCUGGAGAAAGAUUGGCGGGAAGAACCUGAAGAAAAAGGCCACUAUCUUCUUGCAGAUGUGCCGGUAGACGACUUUGAUGAUGAACUCCAGGACGAGGUGGGAGAAAGCUCCAGCGAUGUGGUUGGAGGAACCGACUUCAUAAAGGCCAAGGUCCUUCGGAACGAAAACUUGUUUCAGUGGCUCACCGACAUCCCACAUGCCCAGCUUCCUCAGACCAUCAAGGAUGCGAUUUACAUCACACGAGUGUUGGCCUUCAACUACAUAUGGGUAGAUGCCUUAUGCAUCAUCCAGAACGAUAUCCGUGACAAACACGAAGAGAUACAGAAAAUGGGGGGCAUCUAUGAGAACGCCGAGGUCACGAUAUCAGCCUCCCGAGCAUCUACCUGCCACGAUGGCUUUCUCCAACCACGAAAUGAGCCUGGUGAGGGAAGCUUUGUGAUCCCGUUCAGAUGCCGAGAUGGUCAAAGGGGAACAGUCAUGCUUUGGCACGACCGGAGCGAACAAUGGGACGAGCCUAUUGACCGGCGAGGGUGGACUCUCCAAGAGUCCCUCAUUUCUUCUCGCAUGCUCGAGUUCGGCACGCAUCAAACGCGGUGGCACUGCAACUGUCACCGUUACGGCGUACCACACGCCUUGAAGCCCAAUUAUCUCGUGGACGGCUGGACCCGCGACAAGGUCGAGCAAAGUCCAGUUAGCAUCGACUGGGCUCCGGUAGUCGAGCUAGAGGAAGUCGACAGGUUCCGUGCCAGGGUUCCGACGCAGACACAUCGGCGGUUGGAGGAACGUGUCAUACAGACCUGGAAACGGUUAAUAAGGAACUACACUCGCCGGGCUGUGAGCGAUCCAAUGGACAGGUUGCCUGCCCUGUCAGCGAUUGCGCAAAGACUGGAAGGCUUGUCCACGCACAGAUACGCGGGUGGCUUGUGGUUUGGGGAUGUUCCUCAUCUCCUUUUCUGGUAUCCCGUUGACGUUGAAAGCAUGACGAGGUCGCCGGAGCGAGCAGCCCCUUCAUGGUCCUGGGCCUCUGUCACCGGUGCUAUUGACUUCAUAGACGUCAAAGAAACGAACAUAUCCGUUCUCGGAGUCUCCCAAACCAAACUGAUCUUGUGGGGUAUACUUGAGGAGACCAUUAUCGGUCGUGAGGGCUCUAGCUCUAUCGGGUACCUCGUGUUUUAUGAAGGGAUGUGGGGCUGGGAGGAGCGUAAUGCCAUCGAAGGGGUAGUAACAAUGGAAGCGCCCAGCAUAUUUGUGUCGAACGAAGAGUGGCACCAUGAGACGAUGUUUCUUUUGGAAGUCGAUCGUGAGGACGGCACAGGUUUGGUCCUGCGAAAAGUGGCCGAAGGCGUAUAUUGCAGGGCCGGAAGGUAUUCUGCCGAGGAAAGGAAGGGGAGAAGAGGCGUUCAGCCAUGUAAGUUAUCUAGAAUCAGGGACCCUAGAAUCCGUCGAGCUCGUACUAGGUUAAUCUUGAUCUAA